GAGAAAUCAUCACUACCGCACAGGAUAUCCCCAAAACGGGAAGCUAUAAAACAACCGUGCCAGGAUCGCAGAUCUUCAGUUUAUCUCGGUACGCGACGCGAUUUUAACCUCUCGAAAUGGAAUAGUCCUCGCUAGUGGCUAACCACCAUCCUUCUUUGGAUUACCUUCCCUCAUUGUUCCCUCCUCUACAGUGUUAAUGCAACUAUUCUGAAAGGAAACUGUGCUUCUUACUUGGACUUAGUGUGUUUCGACUUGCUGGAAAACUGAAAAGUCCUGUCCGUUGUUGGUGCGCUUGGAUUAUUGCUGCAGCGAUUUUCGGUUGAUGGACGUUUUGUGACAGUGAUUUCAUUUCAACAGUAAAAGGAUAAAAGCGUGACUUACAGUGCUGACAGUGUAGCAGUUAUUAUAAAGGAGCGAAGCGUGAAAAAAUCAACGAUCAAAUAAUUCUCUGUUAACAACGCAAUUCAAUCGUCAAGAAAGUCUUGUUUUCUACCUGGUAUCGAUAUUGAUAGAAGUGAAGAAAUAGAAUUCUCUUUCAGUAUGAACUGCUUCAGCGACUGAAACUUAAUUGACUUGCAUUCAUUAGUGACACAACCACACCGCUCUUAAUAGUGUUGCAUAGUACCACUACCAACCGCAGGUAUGCUCCAUAUAGAAGAUUAUUCAAUAAGCAUGGAAAGUUCAAAGCAUUCAGUUGACGUCCCCUUUUCCAACUGCACUCCGUUAUUAUCCCCGUUAACUGUAGUGGCUUGAAGAAAUCUCCCAUCAUUAGCAGAAUUCCCCGUGGCCGGAAUAGCCCAAAUCUACACACCCUACCCUGACUACUAAUGUUAUCAAUUGUGAUGUACAGCCGACAAUCAUUCAGUCAAAUGCUACGAAACAGCUGCCGAGGGAACACGCUCUCGAUUACAACUCCGCUCAAGAUACCGGCCAACUGGACGCGAGUUCUACGGUUGCACCCGAGUUCGCGCGUGAACCCGACGCUGAUUUUGCAGGCUGCGGAAUCGGGAAACCUAGACGAAUUCAUUCGCCUGUAUGAAAGUGAUAACGGGCGACUGUCAGUGAAGGACAGCAAGGGGCGAACAGCGGCACACCAGGCCGCGGCCAGGAACCGCAUCAAUAUUCUCAGCUUCAUUCACGACCAGGGUGGAGAUCUAAACGCACAGGACUCGCUGGGGAAUACACCGUUGCACCUUGCCGUCGAGAAUGAUUCGUUGGACGCAUUGGAGUUUUUGCUGAAAAUACCUGUCGCAACGAACAUACUGAAUGACAAAAAGCUGGCGCCGGUACAUUUGGCUACCGAGCUGAACAAAGUCAAAGGACUUCAAGUGAUGGGAAAAUAUCGGGAAACCAUUGACAUACAACAGGGAGGCGAACACGGUCGAACCGCACUGCAUCUAGCUGCCAUCUACGACCACGAGGAAUGUGCCAGAAUUCUGAUUUCGGAAUUCGGAGCGUGUCCUCGUAGGCCCUGCAACAACGGUUACUAUCCGAUCCACGAAGCGGCCAAGAAUGCCAGCUCGAAAACAAUGGAAGUAUUUUUCCAGUGGGGUGAAUCCAAGGGAUGUACACGCGAGGAAAUGAUUUCCUUCUACGAUUCGGAGGGGAACGUUCCCCUGCAUUCCGCCGUUCACGGAGGGGACAUAAAAGCGGUUGAGCUCUGUCUCAAAUCAGGUGCGAAAAUCUCCACACAGCAGCAUGAUCUUUCUACACCGGUGCACCUGGCUGCAGCUCAGGGUGCAAUCGAAAUCGUCAAAUUGAUGUUCCUGAUGCAACCUCAAGAAAAGCGCAUCAGCUUGAAUUGCACCGACAUUCAGAAGAUGACUCCAUUGCAUUGUGCAGCGAUGUUCGAUCACCCGGAAAUCGUGGAAUACCUCGUUCAGGAGGGAGCCGACAUAAACGCAUUGGACAAGGAGAACCGCUCUCCAUUGCUACUUUCUGCGUCUCGUGGUGGGUGGAGGACAGUAAUGGUUCUGAUACGUCUCGGAGCCAACAUAAGCUUGAAAGAUGUGAAUUCUCGGAAUGUGCUGCAUUUGGUCAUCAUGAACGGGGGACGGUUGGAUGAGUUCGCCAAAGAGGUGAGCUGCACCCAAUCCGAAACAUACCUUUUGCUGCUUCUUAACGAAAAGGACGAAACUGGGUGCUCUCCUCUACACUACGCCAGUCGAGAAGGUCAUAUUAGGUCGCUAGAAAAUCUAAUCCGCCUUGGAGCAUGCAUCAAUCUUAAAAAUAACAAUAACGAAAGCCCACUCCACUUUGCCGCUCGGUACGGUCGGUACAACACGGUGCGGCAACUGCUGGACUCGGAAAAGGGUACGUUUAUCAUCAACGAAAGCGACGGAGAAGGUCUCACCCCACUGCACAUUGCAUCUAAGGAGGGCCACACGCGAGUGGUGCAGCUCUUGCUCAAUCGGGGAGCACUACUCCACCGGGACCAUAACGGGCGUAAUCCACUGCAUCUGGCGGCGAUGUCGGGAUAUACGCAAACGAUUGAGCUCCUGCAUUCGGUACAUUCUCAUUUGCUUGACCAAGUGGACAAAGAUGGGAACACCGCACUCCAUUUGGCAACGAUGGAAAACAGACCGAACGCUGUGGUUCUUUUGCUGAGCCUGGGCUGCAAGUUGCUACACAACUAUAUGGACAUGAGCGCUAUAGACUAUGCCAUCUACUACAAAUAUCCGGAAGCUGCCCUGGCCAUGGCGACCCACGAAGAACGGUCAGCCGAAGUGAUGGCUCUGAAGUCGGACAAACAUCCCUGCGUGACGCUGGCAUUGAUUGCAUCGAUGCCAAGAGUGUUCGAAGCUGUCCAGGAUAAUUGCAUUUCGAAAGCGAACUGCAAGAAGGAUUCCAAGAGCUUCUACAUCAGAUAUUCCUUUCACGCGUAUCAGAAAUCUCAGGAGGAGAUCGAUAAAAUAAGGAAAACACUCAACGAUCCCAAGUGGCGCCCACCACCGUUGCAUGUAGUCAAUGCUAUGGUAGCCCACGGACGUGUGGAGCUGCUCGCUCAUCCGCUGAGCCAAAAAUACCUGCAAAUGAAAUGGAACUCCUACGGAAAGUACUUCCAUCUGGCCAAUCUGCUGUUCUACAGCGUGUUCCUGCUAUUUGUAACAGUGUUCACAUCACAGCUCAUGACAAACACACCGGUGCAAUCAUCCCUAAACAACGGCAACGAAACGACAACUUCAGCCGGCAUCGCCGACAGCGAGCAAGACCAGCUUCAACCGGUAGCAAUGGCCGCCCGUUCUGUUCACCGACCCUCCCUGCAAUACAGGAACGAAACCUACCUGGCUGCCGAAGAGCACAUGCCCAUCACGACAGCAACCCUGGUCUCGGGAGUGGCCAUCAUCCUUUACAUAUUCUGCAACGCUCUGCGGGAGAUCCUUCAGGUUUACCAGCAAAAGUGGCACUAUCUGAUUGAGCCCAUUAAUUUGGUGUCGUGGAUUCUGUACUUGUCGGCGCUGAUUAUGGUGUGGCCCAUGUUCAACGACGGCCGCUGCUACAGUGGAAACUUUUCGGCGGCAUCCGUUACGGUGUUUCUGUCGUGGUUCAAUUUGCUACUGUUUUUGCAACGGUUCGAUCAGGUCGGAAUAUAUGUGGUUAUGUUCCUGGAGAUUCUUCAAACGCUCAUUAAAGUGCUGACAGUGUUUUCAAUCUUGAUCAUCGCCUUCGGUCUCGCGUUUUACAUCCUGCUGUCAAAGGUAUCGAGGAUGAUUGACACCCAAGUGAACCACUUGUCCUUUUCAUCCAUACCGAUGUCGUUGCUGAGGACGUUCUCCAUGAUGCUCGGCGAGAUGGAUAUUCUCGGAACAUACGUGCAACCGUACUACCAGAACCAUCUUCUCUAUCCCAUUCCAUCGUUUGCCAUUCUUUGUCUCUUCAUGAUACUGAUGCCAAUCCUGUUGAUGAAUCUGCUGAUUGGUUUGGCGGUUGGUGAUAUCGAAUCCGUUCGACGAAAUGCUCAGCUGAAACGAUUGGCCAUGCAAGUGGUUCUGCACACCGAGCUGGAGCGCAAGUUGCCGCAAAUGUGGUUGGAAAUGGUUGACAAAAUGGAACUGAUUGAAUAUCCCAAUGAGAAAAAGUGUAAGCUGGGAUUCCUGGAUUCGGUGUUGCGCAAGUGGUUCUGUAAUCCAUUCACCGAUGAAUACAAAGGAGGAAUCGAUUUCGUAUUGGACAACAAUGAAGAUUACGUUGUCACGGAAUUGGAAAAACAGAAACGAAAAUUACGUGAAAUCAGCUCUGCAUUGGAUAACCAACAUCAACUACUUCGUUUAAUUGUUCAGAAAAUGGAAAUCAAAACAGAAGCAGACGACGUGGACGAAGGUGUGGCAACCAGUGACGUCAAAGGUAUCGGUGCCCUGCGAGGACCCGGUGGAACCACCUCGCGCUGGUCCUCGCCAAGGAUUCGCAAGAAGCUUCGCGCCGCUAUGAGUUUCAACAAGUCGAUUAGCAAGUAAGGGAUGGUUUUCGAAUCUACCUAGGACAUCGCAUUUUGUGAUGGAAUCUGUGAGCCGAUGAAUGUCAGUGAAUUAGUUUUGUAAGCACUGCAAGGCAUGAUGUAUUACAAAAAAAAACUUAAAUUAAGAACUAAGUGAAACGUACAUUUGUAUCAAAAUGUUAUGAAAAUCAUAGAAGUUGUAGUUCCCAUCGCUGUUUUGUAUGUUCGGAAUUCAGGGAAACAAUUUACUGAGAGAUUAAACCUAGUCAAUCCCUGAAACAAUUAUCUACGACCAGUUAAUGGAAGAUAGAGCUCUUUCAAUAGAUACCAAUGGAAUACAACAGGGCUUUACUAAAUGUUUAAAGCCAAGAAAUUUGUGGCACUUAUAUGUAAAAAAAACAUCGAUUCAUGGGAUAACUGAAACGUGAAACAUGGUUGUGUAAUGUUCUCAUUAAGUAACACAAACAUUGCAUCUCCUUUGCAUUACCAUGUUUAACUUGCGGAAACUUGAAUUGGAAUAUGUUCAAAAAUAUACUUAAUAAAGAGUGUUAAUUGUAUGUCAUUUUAAGCUUCACAGCAUGCAUUUCAA